CACCGGCCACCUGGGGCGUUUGGUAUACGGCGGCCGCCUGGGUCACUUGGUACAUGCUGGCCGCCUGGGGCGUUCGGUACACGGCGGCCGCCUGGGGCUUUCGGUACACGCCGGCCACCUUGAUCACUCGGUACAUGCCAGCCGCCUGGGGCACUUGGUACAUGCCGUGCUCCUUGGUGCAUACAGUGCCAGCUUAAAAAGAGGGACACUUCAGAGAUUAAGCUGUGAGCUGAGCAUCAAGGUCCCCUGGGUCCUCAGCAUGGACAGUGGGGCAGGAUUAACUUCAGGCUAAUCUUCAGGCUUAACUUCAGGCUGACUGGCAUGUUACAGUAACACUUUCCCAGAGUGUUAAUUCAGAAUAACGGGGAACCUUGUGCUUAUAUCACAGCUCCUGCUACACUGGUGUCAUUCAGAUGCUUCCAUUAUUUUCCCAUGUUUGUUUCCAAGACGUUCAUUUUUAAUAAAAUUACCUCUCUGUCAUUUAGACACAGAGCAUUAAUGAUAGCUAGCUAACUUGUCAGAUAACGUUACACUGUGUCUUUAAGUCUGCUGCUACUAACUUUGAACACUAAGUCUAAUCAUUGGCCAGUAAUUACAACCAAGACUGAAAGGUCAGGCUGAUGCCAGUAUCGUGAUUUUUAAUGAAUAUCGGCUAAUUGCAAUAUGGUAACCGAUAUAAUGCGUUUGUUCCAUCUUCAUAACUCACAUUUAUUAUUAUGAUUAUUAUUAUUUUAACAACAAUAAUAAUAAUCAAACCUACCGAUCACGGGCCAGUUAUGCGGCUGCAGAUAAGAGGUCAGGUGUUUUCUUCUGCCAGACUCUGCCCCGUCCGUCUGGUCAGGAGGAAGUCAAACUGCCCCCCCUUAUCCUUUGUUCCUACUCGGUGGGCCUCUAGCUGCAGAGAUCAGCCCCUGGCCGAGUUAUGGUCUGUGUUGUAGCUCGUCGCAGUGUGUACAUAGAUUACUGCAGAUGGCGGCGCGGUAGGAUGCAGCGGCUACUCCGGAUCUCAUAGUGUGCAUUUGUUUUGUUGUUAAUGACUAUAUUUGUAGUCUUUUGCUAUCAGAACAUGUGUGUGAAAGAUGCAAAAAGACGCACUUACAACCGCUGUGCUCAUCUGGAAAUCAAAGAAAGAUUUAAAGAUAACUUAGCCGAAAACACGCUAACAGAGGGGUUCCGCGAGCUCAGCCUGUUCUGCGAGCUCGGCCUGUUCCUCAAGCUGGGCCUGUUCCGCGAGUUCGGCCUGUUCCGCGAGCUCGGCCUGUUCCUCGUUUUCGGCCUGUUCCUCAAGCUGGGCCUGUUCCGCGAGCUCGGCCUGUUCCUUGUUUUCGGCCUGUUCCGCGAGCUCGGCCUGUUCCUCGUUUUCGGCCUGUUCCGCGAGCUCGGCCUGUUCCUCGUUUUCGGCCUGUUCCGCGAUUUCGGCCUGUUCCGCGAUUUCGGCCUUUUCCGCGAGCUCGGCCUGUUCCUCGUUUUCGGCCUGUUCCGCGAGCUCGGCCUGUUCCUCGUUUUCGGCCUGUUCCGCGAUUUCGGCCUGUUCCUCGUUUUCGGCCUGUUCCGCGAUUUCGGCCUGUUCCGCGAGCUCGGCCUGUUCCGCGAGCUCGGCCUGUUCCGUGAGCUCGAUCUGUUCCUGCCCCUGAAUCGGCUGCAGCACCCAUCCCAGUAAAGAGACUCCGCAAGCAGUGUGAAUUCACCCGGAAAGCGCGGAGGCAUCCGGGCUAAGCUAAAGGGUAAUGCAACCAAACCAGUGGUGCCAUCCACUAUUCUGGCAAACGUCCGUUUGCUGGAAAAUCAACUUGACCACAUCCGACUACAGCGAGCUGCACAUCGCGACAUGAAGGACUGCAGUGUUUUUAUAUUUACGGAAACCUGGCUGAACGACAGCAUCCCCGAUGCAGCUAUUCAGCUAAGGGGGCUACAUGCUAUCCGUGCAGACAGAGACGCCGGAAAAGCUCACGGUGGCAGCCUGUGUGUUUACAUCAACACAGAAUGGUGUGGAAACACAGGUAUGAUCACCAAACACUGUUCAUCGCUGAUGGAAUCUGUGGCAGUGAAGUGCAGACCUUAUUAUUCGCUGUGGGAGUUCAGCGUCAUUGUUACCGUGGCAGUGUACUUUCCCCCCGAUGCUAAUGCUAAGGAGGCGCGACGCGAGCUGUACGAAGCCAUCAGCGACCUGCAAUCUCUCCACCUCAUCAUCCCCGGGGACUUUAAUAAAGCAAAUUUAAAGUCUGUUUUCCCCAAACUCCACCAACAUGUUAAGUUCACAGCUAGAGGAGCUAAUAUACUGGACUUGGUUUACACGAACACUGAAGCUGCAUACAGAGCAGCCCCCCACCCCCACCUUGGACUUUCAGACCACACUGCGCAAAACCUGUAACAAAGAAGGUCAGAACAUGGCCGGAGGGAGCGACUGAGGCCCUGUAAGACUGGAGCAUCUUCAGAGAAGCAGGAUCCACCGGCCAGCACACGAACAUUAACGAAUAUGCUGAGACAGUGAUGGGAUACAUUGACAAAUACAUUGCAGAUGGUUUACAGCAGAAGUGCAUAAACUGCUGAAAACACGGAAUGUUGCUUUCAGAGCAAAAUACGCUGUGGUGUUCAAAACAGCAAGAAUGAACCUCUACUGGGGCAUGAAGCUGGCAAAACGGGAAUACAGGAAGAAUAUCAACAGACACUUCACCUGUUCAAGAGACACACGACGCAUGUGGCAGGGUAUCCAAGCCAUCACUGACUUCAAGACCCCGCCACGUGUGUGUGAAACUGAUGCCUCUCUUCCAGAUGCACUCAACCACUUCUAUGGCAGGUUUGAGGCUCAGAACACCAAGCCAGCGUGGAAGACCACCCCCCCCGCCAGACGACUGAGUGCUGUUCCUGUCUGCAGCCAGCGUAAGAAUGACCCUCGCUAGAGUCAACCCACGGAAAGCUAUUGGACCCGACAACGUACCCAGACAUGUGCUCAGAGCCUGAUCUGACCAGCUAGCCGACGUCCUUGUGGACAUCUUCAACACCUCCCUGAAGCAAGCUGUCAUCCCGCAGUGCUUCAAGACCACCACCAUCAGACCUGUUCCAGAGAAGGCCACCGUAAGAGCACAACGACUACCGCCCAGUAGCACUUACUCCAAUCACCAUGAAGUGCUUUGAGCAACUAGUUCUGAGACACAUCAAGAACCAGCUCCCCCUCAUGCUAGAUCCACUGCAGUUUGCGUACUGCAUGAACAGAUCAACAGACGAUGCAGUCUCACUUGCACUUCACCUGUCCCUGUCACACCUGGAAUACUGAAAAACCUACUGGACUGAACCCCUCCACCUGCAACUGGAUUCUGGACUUCCUCACUGGAAAGCCCCAGACAUUCCAGAUUGGCAACAUCAGCUCCAACACAACCACACUGAACACAGGCACCCCCAUGGAUGUGUGUUGAGCCUGUUUCUCUUCACGCUCCUGACGCACAACUGCACCUCCAGCUCCAGCACAAAUCACAUCAUUAAAUUUGCGGACGACAUCACUGUUGUGGGACUCGUCAAGAACAAUGAUGAGACAGCAUACAGGGAAGAGGUACAGCAGCUGGCAGUCUGGUGCAAGGACAAUAAUCUGACUCUUAAUGUUGACAAAACAAAAGAGCUGAUUAUCGACUUCAGAAAGACCAAGACUGACCAUCCUCCGCUGAAUAUCACAGUGGAGUAAGUGAAGGGCACCAAAUUCCUUGGUGUUCCCAUCACAGACGACCUUUCCUGGACCAGCAGCACCAGUUUCCUCACCAAAAGAGCUCAGGAGUGCCUGCACUUUCUGAGGAGACUGAAGAAGGUACAUCUCCCCAAACCCAUCCUCACCACCUUCUACAGGGACACCAUACAGAGCAUUCUAUCCAGUUCUGUUACAGUCUGGUAUGGAAACUGCCACGUCUCCAACCGCAGAGCCUUUCAGAGGAUUGUUCAUUCCGCUGAGCGCAUCACCGGCAGCUCUCUGUCCAGCCUGCAGGACACUUACACUUCCCGCUGCAUCCGUAAGGCCACCAGCAUUUUGACUGACUGGUACCAUCCCACCCACGAACUGUUUACCCCUCUUCCAUCUGGAAGAAGAUUCUGCAGCAUCAGGAGCAGGUCUGCAUGACUGUGCAAUAGGAGCAGGUCUGCACGACUGUGCAAUAGCUUCUUCCCCAAGCAGUCCGGCUCCCGAACAGCACACCGCCCCCCCCCCACACACACACACACACACUUGACUCUGUACUGCACACCCUGCGCUGUUCUAUGUAACACUUUAUAUUUAUUCAUUUUGAUCCCGUUAUGGCUGCUUUUAUAUGAAUAUGUCUACAUCUAUGCAUACCUGGACUUUUACACACGUAUUGCAUUCUUGCACAACUUGUCUUAAUUUGCACAAUAUAACCUGCUCCCUUUACUUACCCUGUAUAUAUGUACAUUCAUACUGCUUUCAUACUGUAUUCUUCAUGUCAUUGUACUGUCUUUCUAUUCAUCCAUCCAUUUUCCAACCGCUUAUCCUAUUGGGUCGCGGGGGGUCCGGAGCCUAUCCCGGAAGCAAUGGGCACGAGGCAGGGAACAACCCAGGAUGGGGGGCCAGCCCAGCGCAGGGCACACUCACACACCAUUCACUCACACAUGCACACCUAUGGGCAAUUUAGCGACUCCAAUUAGCCUCAGCAUGUUUUUGGACUGUGGGGGGAAACCGGAGUACCCGGAGGAAACCCCACGACGACAUGGGGAGAACAUGCAAACUCCACACACGUGACCCAGGCGGAGACUCGAACCCGGGUCCCAGAGGUGUGAGGCAACAGUGCUAACCACUGCACCACCAUGCCGCCCCC